AUGGCUCUUUAUGAGGUUGGGGCCUGCACGGGAGAGAGGGGGCCCGCAGACGCUGCUAAAAAGACGCCGCCUCCUCGCUUCCCUCACCCCCACUUUUUUUUUUAUCUUUACAAUCCUCAGUCCAAACCUCACCCAAAGGUCUCUCCGAAAUCCAAGAAGAUUUUGGGCUGGGGGGACUUUUACUUCAAUGUGAGAACAUUAAAGUUCAGUCUUCUAGUGACCGGGAAAAUCGUGGACCACAUCAACGGCACGUUCAGUGUCUACUUCCGCCACAACUCUUCUCAUUUAGGGAACAUAUCGGUCAGUAUUGUUCCACCUUCGAAAGCUGUUGGGCUGGAGGUUCUGGAUCCAGGACUGCCAAGUAUUCAGACCAGGAAUUCGGUACUGUUACCAGAUCUGGCUUCCCCCUUGCAAUCCACAAGCUCCGCCUCUCCAGACAAGCACAAGCAGCAGCAGCAGGACUUAAUGGUGACGACUGAACUCAACUGCCGCAUCGAGUACCAGAGAACAAACCGGUCCAAGAAGACCAAGCCCUGUAUGUAUGACCCGGGUCAGACGUGCUACUCCGAAUUCUGUACCGGAAAGCGUUUUGUUUACAGCUACAGCUGGUGUGAAAAGCGCGAUCUAAACAAAGAUGUAUUGGGUUGUGGAACCGGUUAA